AUGGCAACAAUCAGAGUAAACCUUCUUUGGCAUGUGGGGAUGGUCUCAAGAAGCCGGAACUACCAACUGCUUGGAGGGUGCAGGCAUCGUCUUUGCCCUCUUCUUCCCUUUCUUCUGCCGAUGGGGAGUCUGCAUGCUCUGGGAAGACUUAGCCAUAUCCUACCGAAGGGAUGUUAUUUGGGCCAGAAGCUCAGCUUCGGCAGUCGUUUGCAUUAUGGGCCAAUUGCCAAAGAGGGUGCGAGGGGGUAG